UUAAUAAAAAAUAAAAAUCAUGCGUAUGUCUGAGUUCGGUUUAUUUUAUUUAUUUACCUCUUCCUCUCUUUUUUGUUUCCUUCUUGUUUCUUUUGUUUUUUUUUUUCUCACCUUCCCCUUCUUUCUCUUCUCCUCUUUUCUUCCUGUUCUUCUUGUUCCCUUUUGUUCUCCUUCAUUACAUCAAUGAUACAUUAGUUAUUUAUUUCUACAAUCUUUUGGUCAACAAUUACUUUUACAUUGUUUUCAACAUUCUCAUCAAACAACUAAUAUAUUCUUGUAA